AUGACGAAGCACGGCAGAUAUGUGCUAUGCAUCGGCUUCUUCGCUGCAUUGGGCACAUUCUUCUACGGCUACGACACAGGAGUCACCGCGACCACGAUUGGACAUGCCAGUUUCAUUCAGUACAUGAACAACCCAUCACACGAGCUCAUAGGAUCUAUAGGCGCUGCAUAUACCGCUGGUCAAGCUAUCGGGUCGCUGCUACAGAUUGCGAUAGGAGAUCGACUCGGCCGCAUCCGCUUCAUGACACUUCUCACAACGCUGGUCACUAUCGGCUCGAUCAUCCAGACGGCAUCGACAUCUAUUGGCAUGUUCGUUGGCGGAAGAGCACUCGCUGGCUUGGGUAUGGGUGGCAUGACUUUGACAGUGGCGUUAUAUCUCAGUGAGAUAGCGCCUGCACACAGUCGUGGCCUUAUUGGUGGCCUGUCAGGUACUGGUCUACUGCUGGGCAUCGUCAUUUCAUACUGGACUGGAUACGCCUGCAGUCAGGCGCCAUAUGGUCAACUACAGUGGAGACUGCCGGUCGCGCUCCAGAUACCAUGGAGCGUGUUGUUCCUCUGUGGACUGCUUACGUUCAUGCCCGAGACGCCACGUCAGCUGGUCAAGAUGGGUCAGAUAGAUCGUGCUCGCGCAGUGUUUGCCAGACUACAUCAAGGGAGACAUGAGGAUGAUAAUGAAGCGGACCACGAGUUCAAGCUGAUGCACGCGCAGAUCAGUUUCGAGAUCAGCCGCGAGAUCACGAACAUCAAGGAGAUCUUCCGUCUACACUACAAACGCGCCAUCGUCGCCAUGACAAUCGGUAUCGCGACUGCAACUGCUGGUGCUGAAGUGAUAGGUUACUUUCAGGUUGUGCUUUAUGCAUCUUUAGGCAUUGAUGCCAACACGAGACUCAUCCUGGUCGCCGUGAACGGAACAAUCGGGUUCAUCUCUGUGGCAUUGUCGAACAGGUUCUUGAUGGACCGAUGGGGACGCAGAAACUUACUGCUCGCCGGGAUGGGCGGCUCGAUCCUGAUCCAGACAUACUGUGCGAUCAUGCAAUGGAAUUUUCAGGACAGUGACAAUGAGGUUGGUAAAGGCUUUGCUAUCUUCGGGAUCUAUUUGCAUACAAUCUGCCACUCCGCCGCCUUCGCUGGAGCUGCCUCGCUGUAUGGAGCAGAAGUCCUCCCGAUAGCCUUACGCAGCAAGAUGAUGGGAGUGGCUGGCUUCGCGCACUUCUCCGUCGCUGUCGGACUCAUUGAGGCUGCACCGAGAGCCCUCGCAACCAUCCGGCAGAACUACUAUUACGUUUUCGUCGGCUGUACGCUAUGCUUCCUGAUCUUUGGCUAUUACUACUAUCCAGAGACUAAGAAUAAGACUCUCGAAGAAAUCGCUGCGGCGUUUGGCGACAAAGUGGUGGAUGUUGGCGAGUACCAGGGCGGUAUGGAGCAUGUGUUGGUGGCUGAGCACCUACCAGCUGAGAAGAUUGGUUCGGUCGAUGGUGGAGAUGUGGAAGUGAAGCCGCAACGGGAAAGCAAGAGGUGGAGUAACAGUAAACGGUGGUCUAGACAGCAGAUCAUUGGGCUUGGUAGCGGUAUGUAA